GGUUAACUAAUGAGUAAUAAAGAAGUGUUUAAUUUGGUGGAAAUAGAAAACUAAGCCAUCUUUUUUGCCGGAAUGUCAACUCUCAAGCGUGCUCGGGAAUCAUCUUCAGCUGUCUUACACUGUAAUCUUCCUACAAACAAUAAAACCCAGACACCAGAAGCUAUAGAUUUCUCAACUCAAGAUGCUUUCCACCAAGAAAAUCAAGGCAUCCCCUCAAAGUCCUACCCAGCUUGUAUCAUCGUCAUCAGCUGAUAUGAUAGCCAGCAACGAUGACAUCUUAACUCUAAUCCUUCAUCGCCUGCCCCUAAAAUCCCUCCUCAAAUUCAAGACAGUGUCUAAACACUGGCUUUGUCUCAUCACCCAUCCCACCUUUCGUCCCCACCACAAUUCUAGAGCCAUUUCCGGCCUUUUUGUGUGUCGUCUUUCAGAUAUUACCAAUCCAAAAUACGACUUCCUCAAUCUAACUCCCCAUUCCUCUCGUGCCCCCUUUAAGUCCCUCAAUUUUAUUGACGACCCAUCUGGGAUCAAAAUCUUGCAAUCUUGUAAUGGCUUGUUGCUUUGUUGUAGCUUUCGUUCUAAUCGUCUCGGCACACCUUAUUACACUUACAAUCCCACUACAAAGCAUUACACAGUACUCCCACCACCACGCCACAGUUCUUCCGGGUACUACAGUUUUGGUGUCAGUUUAGCCUUUGAUCCUUCAAAGUCACCUCAUUACAAAGUCAUUUGCAUUAGGAAUUACGACCCCGAGUUGCUAGAUCAUUACCAGGUAGAGAUUUACUCGUCGAAAACCGGUCCCUGGAGGCCUUCAGGUCGUCCAUUCGUAGCACCAAGUAAUGUGCAAUUCGAAAACGGUGUUUUCUGGAACGGUGCUAUUCACUGGGUCAGUGACUGGGGAGAUUCGCUAUGUUUCGACGUUGAAGAAGAGCAAAUGAGGGAUAUCCCAAUGCCCUCCAGCGAUGGUGACGUAAGGUUGUACCGGUAUUUCGGAGAAUCCGGAGACCAUUUGCAUCUCGUUGAAGUUUAUGGUUCAGACAAUUUACAGUUUGAUGUGUAUGAGAUGGAGAGAGACCGUUCUGGGUGGUUUGUGAAGUACCAAGUUGAUCUAAAUCCAGUUGCAGCAGCAUUUCCUGAGAUGGUUAGGGGCUAUGCCGAUCCAAUAGACUUCCAUUUUUACGCGUUUUCAAUACUCUGUGUUGUUCAUGAAGAAACCGAUGAGGGCUCAUUCAUGGUGCUGCAUUUACCUAACAAAGCCAUAAGGUAUAAUUUCAAGGACAACAGUUUCAGAAAGUUGCAUGAUUUUGCUCCACUUCGUUCUAGAGUUGGGGUUGGGGGAGAUAGUUCAUUAGAGUUUGAAUAUUUUGAUGCUUAUCAAUUCAUUGAGAGCUUUGCUUGUGUGUGAGGAUGAGGUAAAAGUAAAUGUAUCAUUUGUACUAGUAAUUAGAUUGUAUUUUAUUUUAUUUUAUCUAAAAAAUAGGUAAAUUAGUCGAUGUUAAAAAUUUCAACUAGAUAGAGUAUACCUUAUUGUGAUGUACAAAGAUUAAUUUUUAGUGAUAUAAAUGAAUGGAAUUUUUAAUAAAAA